AUGCAAGGGUCACAUACACCAUCAAUCAUCCCUCUUCUUCGAGGCCUUAAAGCGCAAAUGCAAGAAAGACACAAUUUACGACAAAGAGUGGCCGCAAAUUGGCCAAUCGAAAAGGACACUCCAAUGAUGGCAGUGAACGUUAAGAUGAUGGCUUACAUCGACACGUUCUGCUGCGUACCUUGCGCAACACACCCGGUCUUUGACGAGCAGGCCUGGCAAGAUCUCAUCCUCCCAAAAUGUCAAGACUGCUCUGCCGCCAAUGGGCCAGACAUUGUUUUCGGCUACUCGAUGCGCAUCUUGCCGGUGAUUGGAGCAGCAGCCUCGCUGGUUGACGACUUCUUCCAAACGAUGAUUAUGCCCGAGGACUUUGUCUCUUCUCGAUGUCAUCUCCUAGAAAAACUUGAAUCAGCUUGCCAAGAUCUUCCACCUCCUCAACAUCAGCCAGAUCCAAAUACUGAUCCAUCGGCUCCGCCAACGAGUCUCAAAAUCCGCGAUGCCAACGCCUGCAUCGCAGCCGCCCGGGCCCACAGCCUGGCAACACAAAUCUUCCUGCUCCGCGCGGACGAGGGUGACUCAAGCACGUUGGCAGCCGAACGUCCCGCAAAGCAUCCCCUGGCUUUGGUGGAGCAGCUAUCCGACGCCGUUGCCGCCGUGCCGCUCGACACGCAUGCGGCGACCAUGAUGGUUUGGCCCGUGUUUGUGCUCGGCUGCGAGAGCAUGGCGGUGAGCGCACGGCGGUAUGAGGUAGAAGACCUGUUUGAGAGAAUUAUCGACAAGCAGAAGCUUCUCAAUAUCUCAGUGGCGCUCAAGAUGCUGCGGGAAAAUGUUUGGACGGGCAGUGUGACAAACACUGCGAGCCCUGCGAGUAAUAUGUCCCCUGCAGAAGAGCCGUGUCGAUAUACACAGAAUCAGUGGGUCAAAAUGUGUUGGAAAGAGCGGCUGCAACUUUGUUCGGCAUAG